AUGCGUCCCCUGAGUCAGUGGGCGACGCUCCUUUCCUUGGCACUGCUCGUUCGUGGCGACACGAACGUGGUGCUCAAGACGGUUCACCCCGAAGGCAGCGAGUACGCAACCAAAGGGUUGGUCCAUCCUGGAUGGCUCGAGGAUCGGAAAAGUCUCGAGAGUGUAGACCUGUCGGCGGCGCUCGACCUACGGGACGAGGAGGUUUUUUCCUGGGUCGGAGAAAAAGGUGCGCGUUUGGGACGAGGCCUGUGCGCAAGGAAAAGCCUGGAAUAUUUUCAUUAA